CUACUCUUCUUUUUUUUUUAUUACAAUACAAUGGCUCCUUCAUUAAACGCAACUGAUGUUCAAGCUACGAACCCUUAUUCUGGUUUCGACCAUCUUAAAUUCACUGUUUCCAAUGCCAAGCAAGCUGCUUCUUAUUACUGUACAAGACUUGGCUUCAAGCAUGUUGCUUACCGAGGUUUAGAAACUGGCAACAGAGAUGUAGCUUCUCAUGUGGUGAAGCAAGGCGAUGCUGUCUUUGUGUUUGAAAGUCCUACCCGUCCUGAAGCUAAUCCCCAAAUGGCUCAAGACAUUGCUCGUCGUGGUGAUGGUGUCAAAGACAUUGCCUUCUGUGUCAAGGACUGCAAAUCUGUCUAUGAAAAAGCCAUUGCCCGUGGUGCCAAAUCCCUCUCUGCUCCUCAAGAAUUCUCAGAUGAACAUGGUACUGUUAUCAUGGCUACCUUGGCUACUUAUGGUGAUGUUGAACACACAUUGAUUGAACGUAAAAACUACAAGGGCGCUUUCUUACCUGGAUUCAAAAGUACCGCUGAAGACCCUCGCUUCAAGGAUCCCUUGGAUGCUAUUUUGCCCCAUGUUCCUUUGGGUUUCAUUGACCAUGUAGUGGGUAACCAAGGCGAUGGUGAAAUGAACCCUGUGGCUGAUUUCUAUGAAAAGGCCUUUGAUUUCCAUCGUUUCUGGUCUGUGGAUGAUAAGCAAGUCUUUACUGAAUACAGUGCACUUCGCUCUGUUGUCAUGGCUGAUCCUGAAGAACGUAUCAAGGUGCCUAUCAAUGAACCUGCAGUAGGUAAAAAGAAGUCUCAAAUUCAAGAAUUUGUAGACCAUUAUGGUGGUGCUGGUGUACAACACAUUGCUAUCAAUACACCUGAUAUCAUUACCUCUGUGACCAACAUGAAGGCCAGAGGCUGUGAUUUCUUGACCAUUCCUUCCAAUUACUAUGAUACAUUGCGUGAAAAAUUGGCUGUUCAUAACAAAAUUGCUAAGCGUCCUAUUGUUGAAGAUUUAGAUGUAUUGCAAAGCUUGAAUAUCCUUGUUGAUUAUGAUGAAAACGGUUAUCUCUUACAAAUUUUUACUCGUCCCCUUGAAGACCGUCCUACUGUCUUUGUUGAAAUCAUUCAACGUAAUAACCAUAAUGGCUUUGGUGCUGGUAAUUUCAAGAGUUUGUUUGAAUCACUUGAGAUUGAACAAGCGCUUCGUGGUAACUUGACUGAUAUGGAAAUCACUGCCACUACUGCUUAAACCAUACAAUGUACUUAACUUUUCUUGUCUAUAUACUUUCUUUUUUUUUUUCUUUUUAAUAAGCACUUAUAUAUAUAUAUAUAUAUAUAUAUA